GGCCAUGGAGGGCCAGAACAAGAAGGGGAGAAAGGGCUUCGUGUCCCCCAUCCGCCGCCUGGCCUUCUCCAAGGCCGGGCAGCGGCAGGUCCCGGCCGGGGGCGGGGCCGGGGUCGCGGCCGGGGGUCGGGGGUCUCGUCGCCCCCUGCACUCCGUCCCCCUCUACCCCCCGGACUAUCUGGCCGACCCCCGCAUCCUGCUCCACGACUACCUGGAGAAAGAGGUCCAGUUCAUCGGUCAGCUGACCUGGGUGACGUCAUCCUUGAACCCCUCCAGCAGAGAUGAGCUCCUGCAGCUGUUGGACAAGGCACGGCAGGUGCAGGAGCUGCCUCUGCGGCGUCCCCCGGCAGCGGAGCAGGACAGCAUCCUCAGCCUGUCGGCCCGCUGCCUGCUGCUCACCUGGCGGGACAACGAGGAGCUCAUCCUGCGGGUGCCCACCCACCACGUGGCCGCCGCCUCCUACCUCCGAGACGACGCCCUCCACCUCCUCGUCCUCAAGACCGGCCUGGGGGUGGACCCGGCGCCUCCGUCGGGCCCGCCGGAGGGGACGCCCGGGUCCGGCGGGGGGCCGGAGCCCCGCCACCCCGGGGGCAACGUGGAGCGACGCCACACCAUCUGCAGCCUCGACUGGAAGAUGGCGCGAGGCGGGCGAGAGGGCCGGGCCGGGGCCGGGGGCAGUCUGGAGCGCCAGCGGGCCCGGGGGGCCGGCCCCAAGCCGGGGGGUCGGCCUUUCGGCAGCUGGGAGAGGAAGGGGGCCGCCAAGCCGGGGGGCAGCUGGGAGAGGAGGCAGACCUUCAGCGGCAGCUGGGAGAGGGGCAAACCCGGGGGCAGUUGGGAGAGGAGGCACGUGGGAGGAAACCCCCUGGACCCCCGGGACCCCAGCCCGGACGCCUACUGCAACCUGGUCAUCCUGGCGGUGGCUAGCAGGGAGGCGGCGGAGGAAUCUUGCUCGUUGAUCAGCCAGGCCUUCCGCAUCAUCUACGGAGACCGAACCAUCCAGCCCGUCGACCGAGCCGGAUGCCACUGCGCCCCCGGGCCCCACCGGCCCUGGCUCACCAGCCGCAGUGACAGCGUGAGCACGGAGGUGGCCUACAGCUACGAUGCCGAUUUUAGCUGUUGCAGCUCUUUCACCGGCUCCCACGACACCUUCGAAGCCUGCUACAGCAGGGCGUCCACACCAUCGUCCUUUCAGGACUCUCGCCACAGCGGCAGCGAUCAGAGCAGCGGGGACGUGGAGCACUUGCAGGAGUAUUUGAACACGCUGAGGAACAAACUGUCUCCGCCGGAAAUCCAGAGGUUUGCCGUGCUGCUGCGGGAAUAUCGGCUGGGAAUGGACGUGCAGGAAUAUUGCCGGGAGCUGCUCAGGCUGUACGGGGACAAGAGGAAAUUCCUGCUCCUCGGCCUGGGGCCCUUUGUCCCCGACCAGGACGUGGGCUACUUCGAGAGCUUCCUGGAAGACCUCGGCAUCCGCGAGGGAGGCAUCCUCACCGACAGCUUCGGCAGGAUCAAACGGGGCCGGGCCUCCGCCUCCGCCCUGGCCUCCUCCCCGGCUUCCAUCCCGGCCUUCGCCCUCACCCCCUUCCCGGCCUCCACCCCGGCCUCUGCCUCCACCUCUGCCCCGGCCUCCACUCCGGCAUCCAUCCCAGCCUCCUCCUCGACCUCCACCCCCACCUCUGCACCGGCCUCCACCCCGGCCUCCACCCCAGCCUCCUCCUUGACCUCCAUCUCAGCCCCCACCUUGGCCUCCAGCCCAGCCUUGGCACCAGCCUCCACCCCGGCCUCCACCCCAGCCUCCGCCCCUGCCUCCACCUCCCCCAACCACAGCUACGAAGCCAAAGAUGGCGGCCCCCAUGAGCAGCGGGUAGAGGCGGAUGGGGAGGAGGAAGAGGAGGAGGACAACUAUCUGUGAGCAAAGCAGUGAGGGGGCAAAGGUGUCUCCAAGCCCCUUCUCUUCCCUGGGGUCUGGCCAACACCAAUCACCAGCCACUCCAUCAGCUGUACUUACUGAGCGCCUACAGUGUGCGUAACUCUGUACUGAACGCCCGGGAGAGGCAAUAGAAUUAGUAGAUAGAAUUAGUAGACACGAUCCCUGCCAUCCAAGAGCUCACCACCCACCCAUCGAUCACCAGUAUUUAUUGAGCAUCUACUGCAUGCCGAGCACCACAUUGAGCACUUGGGAGAGUCCAGCAGAGUUAGGAGACACGGUCAUGCCCUCAAGGCAUCUAUGUCGCCGCUGACCUCUCAUCCGUUCAUUCAAUCGUAUUUAUUGAGCGUUUACUGUGUGCAGA